AUGGAUGCUGUCCCGUUGGAUAUCAUUGCCCCUAUUGCAUCAUCUCGGAUCAUCACCCCUGUCAUCAAGGGCAGCAACAAACGCAGUGUAAUUAAAACGAAUGGACUGGCACUGGACGAUUUCAUCGACAAUCUGGUAUCGGGUAAGGAAAAAGGUGUGAAGACCCCGAUUCUUCGCGAGGCGGAUAUGAUCAAUUUGUGCCAGUUGACCAAGCAUGUACUAAUGAGCCAGCCUGUGUUGUUGGAAUUGGAAGGACCACUGAAAGUUUGCGGAGACGUGCACGGACAGUUUAGAGAUCUGUUACGACUGUUCGAUCUGUGCGGAUCACCUGAAACGACCAACUACCUAUUUCUGGGUGACUACGUGGAUCGUGGCAAACAAAGUUUGGAAACGAUUUGUCUACUGUUUGCCUACAAAGUAAAGUACCCGACGACCUUUUUCCUUCUACGAGGUAACCACGAAUGCCAGGCUAUCACUCGCAUCUACGGGUUUUUCGACGAAUGCAAACGACGAUUCAAUGUGAAGCUGUGGAAAUGUUUCCUGGACGUAUUCAACUGUCUUCCGGUUGCAGCGGUAAUUGAAAAUCAAAUAUUCUGCUGUCACGGGGGUAUAUCGCCGGAAUUUCUCAAACAGGACAUCGCAAACCUGGAAGAUUUAAAACAAAAAAUCCGAUCUAUUCCGCGCCCAGCCGAAGUGCCCGAGGAUGGUGUGGUGUGUGACUUGUUGUGGGCAGAUCCGCUCAAUCCGGAACUGUUAGACAACGAGACAGAGGAAGUGCCACAGAUCUUUCAAGAGACCGGUUUCGCACCGAACGAACGAGGUGUAUCAUACGUUUUCAGUCCGGAAGUAGUAGACCGAUUUCUAACCCGAUUCGGAUUGGAUCUAAUGGUUCGCGCACAUCAAGUCGUCGAGGAUGGCUACGAGUUCUUCGCCAACCGGUCGUUUGUGACCAUCUUCUCGGCACCCAACUACUGCGGGGAAUUCGACAACGCCGGUGGGAUUUUUUGUCUUAGCCGCAGUGUGAACUAUCGUCCAGCAACCAACGAGGAGGAAAUCGAUUUGGAGGGAAGCUUCCAAAUACUGUAUCCUGAGGCGCGAAAACGAUCCACGGUAAAACGUCCAUCAGUGACGAAUACGUUGCCAGACGAACCGCACAGAGGCGACUAUCAACAGGUAUCCAGUCAAGUAAGGAUACUUCCGCCCGGUGACUUAGCACAAUACCAACCCCUGCACAUCCCGCUGCAGCAGCCUCUGGAUCACCAGAGGUAUGCAGCGGCAAUCUGGACAGAAACUGACAACAAGAACGCCACUGACAUCGGUUGGCAGCCAUAUCUUGUAGUAUCUCCAACCAGACGCAGUGAGGACCACGCGGUCCCCAUCCUGGAAGGCUUGAGCAACCUGGUAGCAGUAGCCCAGUCCUCGUACUCGCUUCAGGUGGCAUGGCAGCCAGGGACCGAAAGGGCGUUGGAACAAAACAAAAAGGAUCUACACUGGGUCUAUCUUGCCACCGGCCAUCCGUAG